GGGAAAGUGCUAUAUUCCCAAAACAUAAAACAUACAAGUAAAGAAUAAAAGAAAACAGGUGAGCAAAAAAACAAGAGUAUCAACUAGCAACUACCAUAUCUCCGAUUACCGGAAAAUGAACAAAAGUCGAGUUUUAAUAAUCGGCGCAACCGGGAAUUUAGGGUACCACAUCGCAAAAGCAAGCAUUGAUGAGUCUCACCCUACAUUUGCUCUUGUAAGAGAAAUUACAUCUUCUGACCCUCUUAAAUCUCACAAACUUCAGUCUCUCUCAGAUGCUGGUGCCCUUAUUCUUAAGGGUUGUUUGGAAGAUGAAGAAAGUUUGGUUAAAGCAUUGAAACAAGUGGAUGUUGUGAUUUGUGCUAUUCCAUCAAAGCAAGUUCUUGCCCAGAAGAGUUUAGUUCGUGCUAUCAAGCUUGCUGGUUGUAUCAAGAGAUUUAUUCCUUCAGAAUUCGGAUUAGAUCCAGACAAGGUGCAAGUAUCUGGCAUGGACCACAGCUUCUAUUCGAGAAAAGCUGAAAUCAGGCGGCUAGUGGAAGCUGAAGAGAUUCCACAUACAUACGUCUGUUGCAACUUCUUCAUGAGUUAUUUGCUCCCUUCUCUUGUUCAACCUGGGCUAAAAGCUCCUCCGAGGGAUAAAGUUACAAUAUUUGGGGAUGGAAAUGUUAAAGGCGUGUUUGUGAAAGAGGUUGAUGUUGCUGCCUUUACAAUCAGCGCACUGGAUGACCCACGUACCUUGAAUAAGGCGAUGUAUUUGAGACCAGAAGGAAAUAUUUACUCCUUGAACGAACUGGUCAAUGUUUGGGAAAGUAAGAUCGGAAAAGAAUUGGAGAAAGUUUAUGUUUCAGAAGAAGAGCUUCUUGCCAGGAUCAAAGAAACUCAAUAUCCAGACAAUAUGGCGCUUGUCUUCAUAUACUCGGCAUUUGUGAAGGGGGAUCAGACAUACUUUGACGUCGAGUCAUCUGGUGGUGUGGAAGGCACUAUGCUAUACCCUCGCCUUAAGUACACCACAAUUAGCGAAUAUCUUGACACUCUUCUUUGAGAAUCAGUGUAUGCUUAAACUGAUCUCGUACAUAUAUUGGUUAGUUUCUAGGCUGAGAGCUUGUGUAUGCUUGCCACUGUAUAAAUUUUAGUAAAUUCGAGGAGAAGGUUGCUACUCAGAUUGAUUGUCAGUUUGUAUUGCUACAUCUAUUGUAUAGACUGAAUUACUAGUACUAUAACUACUAAAUAAGAAUGCAGUUAAUAGUAAGGCAA